CGCGCACGGUGCGCAGCAGCCCCGGCGCGGCUCAGCUCUGCUCCGCUGGUGCGCGCUCUAACAGACACUUUGACGUGCGGACUUCUCCAGGCUGAGAGUGCGAGAUCAUCCGCAACUUCGUCUGCUUUUACUACAACGCAACUAGGGUAGAAAAAAACAAGUACAGGUCCAUCAUGGGAAACAGGUUCAGCAGAAGGCGAGAGGCCCAAAUCAGUAAUUCUGAAGCUGUGGCCGCUGAACAGAAGACUGCAGAGGAGCCAGAAGCUGUUCAACCAGCAGAAGACUCUGUAAUAACAGAGAAGGUCACUGAGGCAGAGGACCUAGUUGUGGUGGGCGCCGAGCCGGUGACACCGGUGGUACGUUUACCCAGUGAAGAAUGUGUAUCAGAGUGUAAACAGGGAGAGGCUCCGUCGUCCUCAGCCCCAGUAACUGAUCCAGAACCAGAACCUGAGGUAAAGGACACCAAUGCUCAAGUCCAGCCUGAACCUCUGGUCUCGGCCAGCGUGCCAUCAGUUCCUGAACAAGAACCGGCUGCGCAAACAAAAUCUGUUGCCGAGGCUCAGCUUGCCCCGGAGUCUGUCCCCGAGCCAGAGGCGGGCGUUGAGGCAGUGCCUGAGCCUAUCGCAGAGCCAGUGCCAGCCCCCGCUGAACCUCUGGAGCAGCAGGCAAGCCAAGAGCCUCUCCCUGAGCCAGUGCAUUCUUCUCCCCCUUUGGUCGACUUGGAUGUCCCCGAUGUCACACCCUCCCCAGAUCCCAUCUCAGUCCCAGCCAAUUCAGAGGAGCAACCAGACAUCGCAGCAGGCGAGCAAUGCCAAGACAGCGCAGAGGCCGCCGAGACAUCCACGCUGGAGACAGAGGAGAGCGCGGAAACCACAGAAAAGCCAGCGGAGGUGGAGGUGGAGGCGGAGGCUGCAGAGUGCUCAGAGCAGCCCGGGAGUGAUGUCAACGAGGACGAGGAGAGCAUUAGCGACACCCUAAAGAACUUAGAGCUGAAAGGAAAUGACCUUGUCAGUGACCUCAUUUCAAGUGAUGUCAACAUCCCUGACGGCCCUCCCAUCACGGACAUGAACACAUCCACUGAGCUGAUGUGAAAGAAGAUUCGUGAUGAAAGAAGUGAACGGAUAUUAAUUCUGAAGGGACCCAAGAAACAUUUUUGUUUUUGAUAAGUUUGGCAAAAAUUAAUUAUCGACAAAAUGUGCCAAAAGAGGUGUGGAACUAGGUGAAAUGAGAAGCCUUAUGUUUUUGAUACAUUUAUACGGUCAGCUAGCACGUGGUCGGAGCAGGUAAAGUGGCUCCAACGGCACAUGUGCUUUGCGUACUUAGCUAGGUAACUGUUAGACAACAGAGAUCUUCCUCUGAGCAAAUCCACCUACCGAAAUAUAAAUAUAUCUCCUGUAGGGACUUAAAGAAAUAGGUUCCACUGCUCUUUACUGUAACGACUCUGUAAAGUAAAAUCUUUAAGAGGAAAUGGUGAAAGGGACAAUGAAUGCAUCCCAAGAUGGAGACAGUGUAUGCGAUCCACUAAAGAGCCUUAUAGAAAUGUCCGGUAAACGUUUAUGCCUUGGCAGAGUCAUGUUUAGACUAAAGGGUGACGGUUUUAAUCUUAUGGUAUUUUACAUACAAUAGGGGGAUUUUUUUCAGUUUAAGUAGUGGCUUGCUUUUUGAAAAUAAAAAUAGUAUUCCACA